ACCUAAAGCGUUGAAUUGAAAUUGAUUAGUUAACGCGUCAACAGUAGAUACCGGGCAUUGGCCAGAGCAGGUGGGUUAUUGGAUCAAACUCAAGUCUAAAUAGGAAAUUAGCCAUGACUGCUAAUAAAUUUUACGUACUGGUGAUAGUAUUAAUAGCACUAAAUAUCUGUCAAGCAUUGGAUUGUUAUGAUUGCGACUCAAGCGAUGAAAACUGCAUAAAAAGUGUGGCGAGUGUGAAUAAGACAGCAUGUACUGGGGAGGACAUCUGCUAUACGAAAACAGAUACAGGUACUGGCAAAGUGACACGAGGCUGUGGAGCUAAGGAUAGCUGCCCUUCUGGAAAUUGCUUCUCCUGUAGCGAGGAUAGCUGCAAUACGCAUAUAAUCUGCAAGAAAUGUGACGCUACGGACGCGUCCUGUUCGCAGACCAACGCCGAUGAUGCCAAAUAUAAUCAGGUCUGUAAUGUCAGCAAUUCAUGCAUAAAACAGGUCAAGGAUAAGCAAGUGGUACGCGGUUGUGUGGCCGAUAAUCCUUGCGGAUCUGCCAAUACGGACACCUGUAACGUUUGCAAAGAUGCAAACUGCAACGUGGGCAUCUUUCCGGAGAAGCGUCGCCUGUGCCAUCAGUGUGAAAACAGCAGCUGUAACGAUGUGUCCAGUGCCAGCCCCACACCCUGCCUCCUUUAUGAUGCAGCAGAGAAGUGCUACACCAAGGGCGACAGCGCAGACACCAUGGUGCGGGGCUGCCAGUCAGACACUGCGGCCAAGUGCAGCGCCGGCAACACCGACGACAAAUGCUUGACUUGCGACAGCGCAGAUGGCUGCAACAAUUUGAAGUUCGAGCGCACCGUCAGUUGUUUCCAGUGCUCCGAUGCAACGGACUGCGCAGAAGCCCAGGACAGCAAUGCCACGGAGUGCAGCAAGCCAGUAAGCUACCUGCAAGCCAAUGAAUGCUACUCGCAAGUGAAGAAUGGGCUCGCCCUUCGCGGCUGCUUCAUCGAACGUGACGAACAGUUGGGCACCUGCAGCGAAGAAACCAGUUGCACCUCCUGUGCCUCGGCAGGAUGCAAUAAAGCGGCGCUGGAUGUGACCUUCACAUGUGUACGUUGCCGAAGCGACAAUUUCGGGGGCUGUCGUAACAAUGCGGCAAAUAUUGGUGGCGAAAAGUGCAGCAACAGUACUGCGGAGGAAAAAUGUUUCUGGGGUCAAUGGGAUGGAAUAGUGUUGCGUGGCUGCCUCUCGGAUGCGGAUUACCUCACGACCUAUCAGUGCAACAAUCCCAAGGACAAUAGGUGCCACACCUGUACCACCUCCAACUGCAACACCAAAGCCCCUAGUGGGGCCUCCACGCUACAGAGCUUGGGUGUAGGUUUGAACCUAUUAUUGGUUUUUGGCUUUUUAUCGGCACGGUGGCGAGUCCUGUAAAAUAUAAUUCAGUCCGAAAUUUCAACAAAGCUGUUAAUCAUUUCUACAAUAAUUAACAAUCUAAUCUUAACCAACAUUGUGGCAACAGUAAUAAAGUUAAACAAAACGAUAAUAAUAAAAAAGUGAUAUCAAAA